CUUGGUUUGACAAGUUUCCCCGGACGAUCAUGGGGGUAGGAAUGAGUAGCUAGUUGACACAUCAAUACAAAGUUGCAGCUCACUUUGCGCCUGUACUAGGUACACUUUGGAUCCGACCCCUUGGCAAAUGUAGGGACGUGAGAAAUUUUCCGAUUUUUCCCUCUGAUCCUCGAUUCGACAGCGAGUCAAGUCUAUAUUGGAAAGCCGGACACAAGUGUAAAGAUGAACAGCCUGUCUUUUGACGAUCCUUCGUUGGAUAACCUGGAUCCAACACUGUCGCUUAAUGACCCCAGCGAUAUUGACACGGCCCUCCUAAGCGACAUUGACGACAUGCUACAGCUCAUCAGCAACCAGGACAUGGAGUUUGGAGGACUGUUUGAUAACCCUCCAUACACAGGGCCCCCUCCCACCCAAGAGCUUCCCGGUUUGACCGGGUCUAUCACCUCACCGGCCCCCCCAACCACCACUACAACACCUCCAUCUACAUCUUCCUCUUCCAUCCUAAGCAGUAGCCCCCACUUGGAUGCGCUCCUGGGCCCUCCCAUCACCCGUAGUUCCUCCACCCCAGACAAGACCUUCCAGCCUCCCACCUUCCAGCAGUCCCCUCUGGCCACGGUGCCCAACUCUACUCAGAGGCAGCAGCCAGCCUCCCCACACCAGGCUCAGAGCCUCAGACAGCCCCAGGUGGAGCAGCCCCAACCCAUUCUCAGCCCGUCUGCCCCGGCCCAGGCAGCUUCGCCCCAUGGCUCACCAGGACCGAAUCCAGCUUUCAGCUCCACACCCCAGGCCCUCUUCACCGCGCCUGCACCCCAGCCGCAGCCGCAGCCGCAGCCGCAGCCGCAGCCGCAGCCACAGACACAGCCACAGACACAGCCACAGACACAGCCACAGACACAGCCACAGACACAGCUUCAGGCUCAGGUUCAGCCCCAACAGGUCCGGACCAACUACAGCAGCCAGAACGGCUACACAGCCGGCAGUCCCGGCAGCCUGAGCCAACCCACCACCACUCUGUCAUCCUCACCUCCAAGUGUCCAGCCAGUGACCAUUCAGACUCAGCUCCAAGGGCUGACCACCACGUCUCCUCUCCUGGCCACGACAGCAAGCCCGCCAGCCCAAACCAUCACAUCCCACGUACAGCAAGUACCUGUGUUGCUGCAGCCCCAGUUCAUCAAGGCUGAGUCUCUGCUGCUGACCACUCUGAAGCAUGACCCCUGCAUUGUCACGACCAUGGCCUCUCCCACAUCCCUGGCCACCACUAACCCAGUACAGAGCACGUCACUGCAGGCCUUUAUGGGUGGUGGCACCAUCCUGACCACUGUGCCCGUCAUGGUGGAUGCUGACAAGCUUCCCAUCAACCGCAUUGCUAUCAGCGGCAAGCCAGCCGGCCAGCAACACAAGGGAGAGAAGCGCACGGCCCACAACGCCAUCGAGAAGCGCUACCGCUCAUCCAUUAAUGAUAAAAUCAUCGAGCUCAAAGAUCUGGUGGCUGGCACUGAGGCCAAGCUCAACAAGUCUGCAGUGCUGAGGAAGGCCAUUGACUACAUUCGUUACCUGCAGCUGACCAACCAGAAACUCAAACAGGAGAACAUGGCUUUGAAAAUGGCAGCCCAGAAAAACAAGUCUCUCAAGGACCUGGUUGCCAUGGAGGUGGACGGACCGGCUGACGUGAAGAACGAGCUGCCCACCCCACCCGCCUCUGACGUGGGCUCCCCCACCUCUUUCUCCCACUGUGGCAGUGACUCUGAGCCUGACAGCCCGAUGGGGGAGGACACAAAGCCGAAUGUGGGCACGUUGGACAGACCGGCAGCAGGAGGUAGCGCUGGUGGCAUGUUGGACCGUUCCCGCAUGGCGUUGUGCGCCUUCACCUUCCUCUUCCUCUCCCUCAAUCCUCUGGCCGCCCUGCUCUGCUCAUCUGGCAGCAGCUCAGCUGGAAGCGCAGCAGCCACUGCCACCCAUCAUGCAGGAAGGAGCAUCCUGGAUGUGGAUAUCGCAGCGGACUCGUGGGGCUGGAUGGACUGGAUGCUGCCAACUAUACUGGUGUGGCUCCUGAAUGGCGUUCUGGUGUCCGGGGUUCUGAUUCGGCUGUUAGUGUAUGGAGAGCCUGUAACCAGACCACACUCUGGAUCCUCUGUCUUGUUCUGGAGGCACCGCAAGCAGGCUGACCUGGACUUAGCAAGAGGAGAUUUUGCUCAGGCCAGUCAGAACCUGUGGACUUGUCUAAAGGCUCUCGGUCGUCCCUUACCCACCUCCCAGUUGGAUCUGGCCUGUGCUGCUCUCUGGUCCCUGCUACGAUUCUGCCUCCAGCGGCUCUGGGUGGGCCGCUGGCUGGCCGCCCGGGCUGGAGGGCUGCGAUCUGACCGCCCCCUGCAGGAGGAUGCGUGCAAGAGCAGCCGUGACGCUGCCCUGGUUUACCACCGCCUGCACCAGCUACACAUGACAGGCAAGCUGAACGGCAGCCACCUUUCAGCAGUGCACAUGGCUCUAAGUGCGGUGAACCUGGCGGAGUGUGCUGGCUCCUGCCUGCCUGUAGCCUCUCUGGCUGAGGUCUACGUGUCUGCAGCUCUACGGGUCAAAGCCAGCCUGCCAAGGAUCCUGCAUUUUACCUCUCGUGUGUUCCUGAGCAGUGCCCGCCAGGCCUGUCUGUCGUCCAGUGGCAGUGUGCCUCCAGCUAUGCAGUGGCUCUGCCACCCGCUAGGUCACCGCUUCUUUGUGGACGGGGACUGGGCCAUUCGCAGCACUCCUAAAGAAAGCAUCUACAGCCAGGCUGGCAACACUGUGGAUCCUCUGGCCCAAGUGACUCAGGCCUUCAGAGAACACCUCCUGGAGAAGGCUCUGUACUGUGUGGCCCAACCUUGUGGAGAGAAAAGCCCCAGCCAGGGCGAGGGGGAGUAUGCUGAUGCGCUGGAGUACCUCCAGCUGUUGAUUAGUGCCUCAGACGCGGCCGGUGCCACCUCCCAGUCCUUUGCUAUCGGCUCCAACAUGGCCACCAUCACUGGCUGCGACCCCCACUCCAAGUGGUGGUCCUCUGUUGCCGUGGUGAUCAUCAACUGGCUCCAAGGAGAUGACGCCGCGGCGGAGAGACUGUAUCCGACUGUUGAGCACUUGCCCCGCAGUCUGCAGAACGCAGAGAGUCUUCUGCCCAAGGCAUGUCUGAACAUAUUCAGGGCAGUGCGGGCUCUGCUGUCCAAGCCAGAAAACUGCCAGCUGAGUCUGAGCUACAGCGACAAGGCCAGCGCCCUGCUCCGAGACAGCCUCAACCUAGGCCCACACUGCCACAGCUCUAGUUUAGACAAGGUCGUCCAGUUGCUCUUGUGUGACCUCCUGCUGGUGAUGAGGACCAACGUGUGGCGUCUGCAGCAGCAAGGUGCCAGUCCUGCUGGGUCGGGGUCAGCAGGCACCAGCGGCCCCGCGGGCGUCCAUCAAGCCUCCCCGCCGGAGCUCCAAGGCUUCCAGCAAGAUCUCAGCUCGCUACGCAAGCUGGCGCACAGCUUCAGGCCUGCAAUGCGAAGAUUGUUCCUUCAUGAAGCUACAGCCAGGCUGAUGGCGGGCGCCAGUCCCACCCGCACACAUCAGCUCCUGGAUCGCUCACUGCGACGCAGAGCUACGCCCGGAGCCAAAACAGAGGAGUGCGAGACGCGGCCAGGCCAGCGGGAGCAGGCGGAGGCCGUGAUGCUGGCGUGCCGCUACCUUCCUCCCUCCUUCCUGUCGGCUCCCGGUCAGAGGGUGGGCAUGCUGGCGGACGCGGCUCGCACCCUGGAAAAGCUGGGAGACAAGAGGACCCUCCACGACUGCCAGCAAAUGAUCAUCAAGCUGGGCAGCGGCACCACCGUCACCAACAGCUAGAGAGAAGGGACUGGAGGGGGGAGAGGAGGGGUCUAGAGACAUGCAUGGACACUGUAUAUAGAAGCAUCUCUGACAUACAAAAAACACACAAACAGAAAAGACCCCCCCCCUGCAGACACACAACCAUAGAAUCUUACAAUCUCUGGCAUUUAGGCGAGCAGCUAUUGAACAGAUUUAUUAGAUUACACAGAUUCAUAUCAAACUGUCAGGAUUUUCUUCAUGGAUUGUCCCUCCCAACCCCACGUCAGGUGGCACUUGUAGAGUUCUCGCUGUGAAUCGUUACCAGAACAUGAGAAGCAUUUUUCUCUCUUACCGAGCAGAAUCCCCCUCGUGGGAGUGCGUUGCAGUGCCACAGUUUGUCCACAGAGAGGAGCCAUCAUGGUUCAGUGUGAGUGAUGUAUGUAUGUGUGUGUGAGUGCGAGAGAGUAAAGCAUGACAGAGAUAUUUGCCCUGCGUUUGUUCAGUAUAGUCCCGCCCCUCAAUCUUUUCAACAUGGAUGCACCUUCUACAGGCGGGAGUGCUCAGUGGGUUGGAGUGGCGGGCUGCUCUGGUUGGCUGCAGAGUGAGGCUUCUCUGGAGAACAACCUAACUGAGAUUGGGCCUGUUCAGUGGGAAACCACGCCGCAGGUUGUUCAAACGGUGUUCAAGUUGAUUUGAAUCAUGUUUCACUGGUGAUACUGCUGCACAAGCUCUGUGUCUGUCUGCACUAGCCCUGCGAGGCUGAUUUAAACAAGAUGAGUAAUAAUAUGGCUUUAUGAGGUUAUUUUCAUAGAGGUCUUUUUUUUUUGUUUUAUUUUGCUGUGUACAUAUUUUAAAAUGUAUUUAUAAUCUGUAUGAACUUUGAUUAAGCAGUAUUUUGCAUAAGCAGAGUGAUAAAUGCUUAUUUUCCUCCCUUUAACCUGUUGUACUUGGUAGCGUUUGACCAGGCCCAAAUAAUGCAGUUACUGUUCUGUAUUGCCAAGGCGACAGUAUCAAUUUAUUUGCGUCACAUCGUCUGACUCAGUUGACCUUUUGCACUGUUGCACACAUAUGCAACUAUGGUAUCAAAAGAAAUUGGCAGCGUCCAAAUUCUGGCACCCCCGACUGACAACUCAGACUAAACCAUGAACCUUUGGCACUUUUGCAACAAGUUACAUAAGUCAUGCAGACAAUUUCAAAAUAUUGACCAUUAUUUUUCUCCAAAGAGGGCCUGUAGUGAAUCAUUUUCUGUUCUUUCUUUGUAGCUCCGACACAUGAAGGGCAAUACGUGCUCUUUCAGUCAUUAUAGUUUCAUGCCCCAUAGAGAAGCACCGGUUGUUGAACUUUUUUGUAGAUGACUGUAAAAUGUUUAAAAAAAGAAACUUUGGCAUGUUUUUUUGUUUUUUUUUUAAUCCCAGGACCAGUAUGUUUAUAUAGUGUGUCACUAAUGUGAAAGACUGAAAGACGAUGAGUUGAGAUGAAUGAGACGCAACCAUGUCGAAAGGUAAUAUUCAUGUGUCCUUUGACAUCUUUUCAUCUCUUCCUUGUUCUUUGGCUGCAUCCUUUUAUGAUGUAAAUAUUAAAGCAUUUUGUAAAGAAGACUAAUGUUUCCUGUGGUGCUU